GAAUACCAAGAACACCCCCACUGCAACUUAUAGAAGCAAAGAAAAAUUCUUUGCCGAAAGCACUCGCAGCAUUGCAAGGUAGAAUGAAGAAAUCCAUUUCAGGAGCACUUCUUAAUAGCUGAAACUUUAUGAGGUGCGAGUAUAUAUGAAAUACCAUGCUGAGGGGAGAAGAAGAUGAAAGCAGCCCCCCAGACAGCAGCAAGAUGAGAGUGAAUGAGGGGGAGUAUAACCACAGUAGGGCAGAUCAACCCACCACCAUCAUGGACGACAUCCUGUCUCACCAUGCGCCUAUCGCUUUCUCUCUGUCUCUGAAACUGGAGGAACAGUUCUUCACUUUGCCUGAAGAAGAACCCACCUUGGCAAUUAGAAAACACUCUAUAUCCCCUGUUGCCAUUCCGCUAAAGGACUUUUUGGAGAUUAACAUUUGUGAUCGAUUGGAAAAUGGGGAGUAAGACUCUGCCGGCUCCUAUCCCACUCCAUCCAUCCGUCCACCUUUCCAACUACUCUUUCUUACAGGCACCAAACAGGCCUACCUUACCUCACAAUGCCGACCACCUUCAAGGACUCUACGGCCUCAGGACGGUGCAGACAAUGCAAAUGAACCACUGGACUUUGGGCUACACUCACAUGCAGGGGCUUCGAUCAACCCUCACUGAAAUGUCAGCUGCGCAGGAUCUUCGGUUCUCGGUCCCUGUGUUACCGUUCACUGCGCACUUCUUCCAUCCGAAACAAGGAAUGAUAACCCACGUAAUUCCAGCUCUGCACAAAGACAGACCCCGAUUUGACUUUGCUAACCUUGCCAUUGCAGCUACACAAGAGGACGAGUCUAAAACAGAUGACCUGUUAAAGCUCACAGCGGGCCUCGGCGGCCAGAGCUCAGAGCUAAACAAACUAUCCCCAAACAGAAAGGCCCCACGCGGGAGGCUCCCAUCAAAAACCAAAAAAGAAUUCAUUUGCAGAUUUUGUGGAAGAAACUUUACAAAGUCCUACAACUUGCUUAUACAUGAGCGCACACACACAGACGAGAGACCUUAUACCUGCGACAUCUGCCAUAAAGCUUUUAGAAGACAAGACCACCUCCGGGAUCACCGAUAUAUCCACUCCAAGGAGAAACCGUUCAAAUGUCAAGAGUGUGGAAAGGGAUUUUGUCAGUCACGGACUUUGGCAGUUCAUAAAACAUUACAUAUGCAGGAGUCUCCUCACAAAUGCCCCACAUGCGGAAGAACCUUUAAUCAAAGAAGUAAUCUGAAAACUCACCUUCUCACCCAUACAGACAUCAAGCCCUACUCCUGUGGACGCUGCGGAAAGGUGUUUCGGCGCAACUGUGACCUGCGACGGCAUAGUUUGACGCACACGCUCCACCAGGACUAGUAAACAAAAAUGAACUGAAUAUCCGUGUUUAGCAGAAUUAGCCUACAAACAGAUAUUUGUGGACAAAUUUCUUGGACAGAACAUGAGACUUGAAGAAAACUUUGAAUUUUGACUGCAUUUACAAAAGAACUGAAGAUGAAUGAAUGAAUGAAUAUAUUAUAUAA